AUGCAGGAGACCUCCGAGUUGUUGGAGCAGCUGCAUGUCCUGAACAUGGAUCGGCCAGCAGGGAGAGGCUGGCCACCGAAGAAUGUCCUGGUCCCUUCUUGCAGGAUGGGCUGCGCAGGACUUGAUCCAGACUCUGGACUCAUGGUUUUGGUGGGAGGCGGGGCUUACGAGCAUUUUCGGCCUCGAAGUGGUCGGCCUACCCGUGGCUACGUGUCGGGAGAUGGCUCGGACAGCGUAGAUGCUUCGGACUGGGAGCUGGCUUGCAGUGACGAGGAGCUUGCGGCCAAGGAAUUCAUCCCAUUUGUCUGGCAGCGAGGCUUGCAACCCUCCGCUGCAGCUACCCCCUUCCCUCUACCCAAACGCCGCAGGCAAAGUCCGCCUCGCCGUUUCGCAUCCCAAGCAGUGCGCUUCCGGAACACCGCGAGAAACAACCUGCUAGUGCUGCCUUCCGAGAGCCCGGCAUUCUCGGUCCCCCUGGAUGCCCACGAUCCUCUUGUAACGGCGGUGGAGAUUCAUGCUCUGGCAUCGCUGCAAGGUUAUCCUUUUCCUUCCGUCGGCAUUGCUGUGGCCCUGGCGACAGGAAGCCGCAAGAAGUUCGUUGGGCCAUUGAUGCUGGUGGCGUGCGAGCUAAGUCCAGCAGGUGCAAGAUGCAGGCGCUUGACAGCUGCAGGGACGGACUGCCAGGCAGUUUGCCUAGAUCGAGCGAAGCAGGUAGCAGUUGCAGCUGAAACGCGACGCGGCGGUCGUUUCAUUUCCUUUCACCGCCUUCGAGUCUUUGGCUCGUCCUUCGCCUCAGUUGAGUCAACGGCGACUGUCGAGGAGGGAAGAGCUACGAGCAUUGCGUGGGCUGAAGCAGCCGCUGCCGUUCUUCUGACGUUCGCUGGUGAGCACGCCAUCUACGUCUUCCAGAAGAUGGGCACGGGCUGGCAACCCGUGCGCACCCUGGGAGACGCCUCAAAGCGAGGAUGUGAGGAGGGACCUGCUGCAGAACUGCGCUUCUGGUUUCCAAGCGUCGAUUGCCGUCUUGUGCAGGGCCCGUACGGUUCUCUGAUGCUGGACUCCUGCCCGCUGGUCCCGGGUCCGAGUGGCGCAGUCUACGUUCAUAGCGGGGGCACCCUGUUGCGCUUAUCUUCCGACCUCGCUUCUGCUUCGAAGAUGGCCUCGCUGAGGGAGGAGUUGUGGUUGACAGACGAUGACGAGGGCACGCCUUAUUUUCCAACCUGCCAGAGCGUCUUUGGCAUGUGUGCCGGCAGCGUCUACAGAUCGCUUGUGCGCACAGACGAUACAGAAGACGUUCUGAUACGCAGGCUCCAUAUCUCCGCCGACCUCCGCCAGCCCCGGAGCAGGAUCCGUGCCACAGCGCGGAAACUUUGGCCAGAUAUCACCGAGCAGGGAACUUAUGCCGAAGAGUUGGAUCCUGGCUACGCUGCCAUCGCUCCAGCUUCUUACCAAGAGGUGCGACGGGAUAUGUGGGACGGAAAUUCGCUGUGGCUGGCUGACGGCUGGCUGUGGGAGCAUUGCCCAGAAAAGAUGCCUGAUGAUCUGCGCGUAUCACGAACUGGAGCAUGGACAACGUUCGGGGAAUGGCUCCGAAAGUCGGCCGACGGUAGGCGAUCCCUGCGAAUCUGGGUGUCAGAACUUUGCAUUGUGAAUUUUCAUGAUGAUUAUUUGUUGCCUUAG